UGAUAAAAGAAAUAUGUUAUCUAUGCUGUUGCUCUGAGAUUAAUUUGAAUUUUGCUAAUUAAAUUUUAUGUUUUUAUUCAUCUUAAAUGCUAUGUUCUAUUUUCUUCAAGAGUGAAUUAACAGAUUUGGCUGUUUGUGUAAAAAAUGCAUGGAAAAAUUAUGGUCAUUGGUGGAAAUCAAUAACAGUUUUACAUGAUAUAAAUAUUACUGUUCCAAUAGGAAUAAUAUAUGGUUUAUUGGGUCCAUCAGGAUGUGGAAAAACAACUCUUUUACGAUGCAUUGCUGGUCGUUUAGAAUUAAAUCGAGGAGAAGUAAUUGUAUUAGGUAAACGACCAGGUAGCCAUGGACAUGAAGUUCCUGGUCGCUCAAUUGGUUAUAUGCCACAAGAAACAGCACUUUAUAAGAAUUUUUCAAUAUCAGAAAUGCUUCAUCAUUUUGGUCGUCUUCAUAAUAUGAAUCGAAAGGAUAUUUUAGCUCGCGAAGAGUUUCUUAUUUCAUUUCUUGAUUUACCCUCAAAAUCAAGAAAUGUUUCACAAUUAAGUGGUGGUCAACAACGUCGUGUAUCAUUAGCAUGUGCUCUUCUUCAGCAACCUCAAUUAUUAAUUCUUGAUGAACCAACUGUUGGAGUUGAUCCUUUACUUCGAGAAAAAAUUUGGAGUCAUCUUAUAAAUAUAUCAAAAACAAGUAAAACAACAAUCAUAAUAACAACUCAUUAUAUUGAAGAAGCAAGAAAAGCUGAUCGUGUUGGACUUAUGCGAAGUGGAAGAAUAUUAGCAGAAGAUGAACCAUCUAGUAUUCUGAACAAAUAUAAUCAAACAAGUUUAGAAAAUGUUUUUCUUCAAUUAUGUUAUCAAGAUCAAAAUCGAAUUCAACAACACGUUCCAGUGAAUCGAACCGAUGGCGAUAAAGAUACUGAUAUACCCAAUGAAAUUGUCAAUGAAGAAGAAACUUCUAUUUCUCCUGAUGUAUCAAACAAUAUAAAUGAACGAAGUCUUUUGAUGCCGAAAAAGCAGAAAAGAAAAUUUGAAAGAAAUCCUUUGAUACGUGCAAAACGAGUUGCAGCUGAUUAUUUCGUAUUCCCUCAUAUGCAUAAAAUUUACGCAUUAAUGAUGAAAGAUUUUACAGUAAUUAAAAGAAAUAUUGGUUUAUUGUUGUUUCAAUUUUUAAUUCCUGCUAUUCAAGUAUCACUUUUUUGUCUUUGUAUUGGUCGUAAUGCUGAACGUAUUCCAAUGGCACUUUAUAAUAGUGAAGCAAUAAAUGGAUUUCCAACAGGAAAUUUAAGUUUACAAAUUAUAAACAAAAUAGAUCCUGAACAAAUUCAUUUAACAUCAUUUAAUGAUUUUGAUAAAGCAAUUGAUCUUGUUAAACAAGGAAAAUAUUGGGGCGUUGCUGCUAUUCCAUAUAAUUUUACACAAGCAAUCAAAAAUAAAUUAUUAGCAUUUCAGACAGAUCCAGCUACAUUAAAUGCAUCAUCACUUCAUCUUUAUCUUGAUAUGACGAUCUCAUUAGCUGAUGAAAAAAAAACACUUGUCGAUGAAAAUGACCCGUGGUGA